AUGACCCUGAUAAUCCCAAUCCCAUGUACCUGUGAACCAAGCGGACGGGAGAUCCCAUACCAGAAUGCCGUUGUCGAAAUUGCAAUAAGUGGUUUAAACCUAUGGGGAUCUCAGACUGGCAAGUUCGCUUGUUAUCACGACGUCGUAUCGUGGUUUGAUGUUGAUUGUUCAAAGUUGGACGAAUAUUUUGAAGAUUUAUGA